AUGUUGCGGUACGGAGUAUUAGCUAUCGCUCUGGUGGCGUGUGCCCACUCUGCCACGGUGCACGAUGCAAACAACUUCGUGGACACCGUCCUGACCGAGAAGUUGCCGCCGCUCGUCAGGUCGUCCCUCAACCUCUUCCCAGUCGUCCGAAUCCCGUUUUUUAAUUUCGACGUUGCCAAAAAUGCUCCCACGAACCGCAACCUCCACGCUAACCUUACGGAGGGAGCGAUUCGAAACCUCGACAUCGGCGUGAGGCGAAUGGGAGAAUGUCAAGUUCCAGCUGUCAAGGAGGGCAUCCCAACGAUAGCUUGCACCCUGGACCUCAAUGGCAUCAACACCACAUUCACUGCAUACACAAGAGGAGACAAUCUGCUCUCAUCCCUGAAGGAAAUCUGGGUCAACGUUCUCACUGUUGAUUCCGUCGCUCGGUUUGAGGCGACAGGCAAUCAGCGACGAGAGAGCCUGCUACGAACCUUCGAGGUGCCCCAUCUUCACUUCACCACCCUCUACAACAGCGACCUUCACCUCAACACCGACCGCCAGAGGCAAUUCAAGGCUCACAUCGAGGCGAAAGUCAAGCAGACGCUUCAAGAAGCCCUCUACGCCGACUACAAGCUUCAACUGACCAGAGCCGUUGCCGCAACGCCUUUCCCUAAUGUAUAAGCCGACUCCAUUGCUGUUCCCUAAAUGAGUGAAGUAAUAGGUCACUCGAACAGCAUGCGCAGGCCCUGCUUUAGGUACCUGGAACGCGUCUCCGAUUGAUGUGUUUACAACGUAUUAUAAAGCGCUCCCACGAUGUCCGCCUGA